AUGAGAACAAUCCUUAUAUUAGUUUUUGUUUCAACAUUAGGAUUUUCUUCGGUUUCCUCCGCUCGUAUGGGUCUCGAGGUUCCAGUGGGAAAGAGCUCGUCCAGCAACAAUGCCCUCACAAGUGGUACCCAGAGAUUCUGCCACGUAUGUUCGGGAGGAGAUUCAAUCCUUUCACCGGCUCUUCAAAAAGCCAUGAAAUACUUUAAUAUAAGCGAAGGCUCAAAAGUGGGGAAUUGUGAGUCGAAAUCAAGUGCCGACUCGUGUCGAGGGAUUUUGUGUCAAAAAAGCGUUGUUACCUACGAAAUUAACUAUUCCGGUAGUGUUUACAAAUAUCACGUCUGGGUGAAGAGUUGUGGAGCAGCGAGUACAUCAAAAAACAUUGGAAAAUGCUUGAAUGGCGUAGUCGAGAAAGUCUCCACCGGUUAUUCCAAGUUUUCCACUGUAUGCAUGUGCAACAAUAAAAACUAUUGCAAUUCGACAUGCGAUUUUCACACGAGAAUCUUUUCGCUUAUUAUGUUCAUCGCUUUUAUCUCGAUAUUUAAAGAG